AACAAAAAAGAAACAAAAACAAAAAAAACAACAAAACCCCCACUAACAAAACACACAUUCACACUCACUCAUUCACUCACUCACUCACUCACCCACACAUGUGCGCAUAUACACACACACACACAUGCACACACACAAACUUCAAAACUAAAUUCCUCAACAUUACAAGUUGGUCUAAUGAAUGAAAUCAAAGACAGGUCUUCUGUCACAUAGAGUAAAAUAAUUGUAUCCUUCUACAUACACCUGGAUUAUUUCUAAAAAUGAUAGUCAUUAUCAUCACAACUAAAAUCUUAAAAAUGAUUUUAUCAAUAUUUGCAUUUGCCACUACCUGCAGUGUUGAGACAGAAUCUAGUUUCAGCAUAAAAUGUGAAGGGGGAACUAACAGUAAGAACUAUUCAUUCAAACUAGAUUAUCCUUUUAUCAUUAAUAUGCAUGCUGAAAUUCCUCUCUGUAGUGAUUCCAAGACUACGGAGUCAAUUUACUACAGUGUGAAGUCUAGUUGCGAAUUCUAUGUCUUCAUUGGAGUGAUGGCCUUCCUCUACUGUCUGGCUGCAUUGGUCAUCUAUAUCUACUUUGAUGAAGUCUAUCGUAAAAACACCAGGCUGACCAUCAUCGACUUUGUCACAACUGCUGUCUUUGCAUUGAUGUGGCUCAUUUCUUCUUCUGCCUGGGCCCAGGGUGUUUCUGAUCUCAAGUACUAUUCAGACCCAGAGGAUGCGUUAUUUCAGAAAUUGAGUUGUGAGAAACGCUGUAUAAAAGGACCAGAUGCCAACUUUUCGACCCUGGAUGUCUCAAUUAUUUUUGGCUUUCUGAACACAUUUGUAUGGGCUGGUAAUUUGUGGUUCCUAUACAAGGAGACUCCAUGGUUCAAAGUGCAGGCUGCUCCACCAAUUGACCCAGGGAUGCCUCAAGAGACAGAUCCACAGAGAGUGUAAAAAAAUAAAAAGUGGUACAGGACAGGGACAUUGCUGUAUUAGUCAGUCAUAUGUCACCUUGCUAUUGUUAUCAUUCAGUAGAUGAGAAAGAUGCAGAUAGAAAGAACAGCAUAUGAUGUGCAUUGUAUAAUAUUUUGAGGAUGUAACGUUAAUUUUCUCUAGGAAGAGAGUGUUAAGUAAGUCAGCAAUGGUCAACCAUAAUUUAAUGUCGAUCUGGUUCUAAUUCCUAACACCAAGCAGCAGAUAUGACUGACUGAGUGACUGUUUGUAUGCACGUGUGUUUAUGCAUGUGUGCGUGAUUAUGUGUGUACACUCAGCAACCAGUUUGUUACACUUGUAAUACCUAACAUAGUUGGAUACUAAGUGUAUAUAUGAGUAUGUAUGUGUGCCUGUAUCUGUAUGUGUGUAUAUGACAAGUUAAAGGUGUGUUGAGUCUUGUUGCUACAUCUUGAGACAACACAUUCAAAAGGUAAGAAUGAAAGUUGCUGCCACAUCUCUGAUGACCUUCCUUCAUGUGUCUUGUGCUUUAUUCUGCUCUAUCCAGAUGUUUGGAGAAAAGAUUCAAUACUAUAGCAUACUUUCCCUAUAUGGGACAUUGCUUCCAUAUGAUACAUGCAAUCUGUGUGUGACUGAAUCAUUGCAUGAAUGUCUAUAUGUGUAUACAUGUGCAUCACUGUUAGUGAGUAUGAACAUUUGCGUGUGUGAAAGAUUUUUCUUUUUCCAAUUCACUUUGAGAUUAUGAGAAUUUACAUAGUUUGAGCAGGUUGAACCCAAAUUUAUUUCAACCCAAAUUAAUUAUAAAACCCACCCCCUCCUAAGGCUCUGGUUCAAUUUUAGCCUAGUAGUUUCUCAAUAUAAAUUCAGUAGAUGUUUGUUGCUUAAGAAACAGAUUCCAAAUAUUUAGAUUUAAUGGAGUAAUUAACCAUUAAAGUUUGUUUUAUUUUCAUUUUUAUUUUUUGUGUGUGAAUCCUAAAAAAAAAAAAACCUGAGGGAAAUAAAUAUAUGAUGUAAUUUUUUUUUUUUUAAAUGAAUUAUAUAUUGCGAUAGUGAGAAGAUGGCAACAUAUUUUUAAUGAUAGCUUGUUAGGUUAAGUCUUCUUGAACUAGUGAUGUCUCAGUCACCAGUUCAAGUAUUAAGUAGAAUAAAACUUCUAUCUAUCAUGGGCCUUAGUUUAGUUGUAGCCAGGUAACUUCCUGACCAGUAGCUACUUUGUUUACCAUGUUGAAUCUCCAUUAGAUAGCAGGAGACCAUCUUCAUAUUUUCUUAAUACUGCAUUAUAUUAUCUCUAAUCGGAGAGUGAUCAACAAUUUCUCAUGUGAUCAGUGCCUCGAUUGAUUAUUUCUUCUAUUUACCUACAAUUUACAGAAGGGCAUCUAAAAAAAACAAAUAUGCUCCCAUUUCUGUUCAAUUAUCUUGAAAGUUCUUUAGUUAAUCUCUUGACAUGUCAGAAAAUCUAAUAUUUUCUAUAAAAGAAAAGCAAUUUUUUUUUCUUCUUCUUUUAACUGAGAAGCAAUCAAGUGAAAAUUGUUUGAUGAUUUUUACAUUUCUAACAACAUGGCAUUGUUUUCCUUUUAUUGUUUUGGUUUUUCGUUUCUUUUUUUUCUUUUUUAAAAUUUUUAGCAAAAGUUGUAUUUUUCUACUUACUUGAUGAAAACUGUUUCACUUUUUUAUAAGCCAAUUUUUAUAUUUAGCAGUUAAAACAUUUCUUUCCCUCUUCUGCAGCUUUCCACUUUUCAAAAAUUUGUGACAGAUGAAAACUACUUCCUGUUCAAUUAAACUGUCAUCUGUUUUGUUUUUGUUUUAUUAUUGUACAAUAAAAAAAAGUAACUUUUGGGAUGAAAACGUUUUUUUUUUUUUUUAGUUUAACACUAUCUUUAAUUUUUUUUAUUUGACUAUUUAUUUAUGCUAAUCUUCAAUUAUCUGUUAUUUUAUGUUUUAAAUAUAACUCUACUGGAGUAUGACUCAACUGAAUGUGACUGAACCAAGCAGUCAGUAUUUUUAGCAUGCUUAAUAUUCUCAUAGUUUUCUAUAUAAAUUUAAAUUUCUUUUAGUAGUAAUCCAAGGUUUGUACAGAGAAUGUAUGUUCAAGCAAAAGUAUUGGGAUAGCUAUAAAGACUGUAUGAAAGAGAAUUUCCUUGUGACUUUUAGAAAUUGGAAUUCUCCUUUAUAUAAAAUGUUAUGUCUACAACCACACACUGUUUAAACAUAUAUCUAAAUAAAUGUUAAUUUAAAAAGAGUUUAAUGAUUAGAAAACAUCCUUUUGCUCAUAUAGGUUAUUUUAGUUAUCCAGUCAUGUAUGCCUGUCUUUUGUGAUAACAAGACUUAAUUGUAGUUACUUUUACCUAAUUUCCUACCAAACUGCCAUAAAGUCACCAGGUAGAUUGAUCCACUGCCAGGAAUUCUUUAAAGCAUGAAGUUAGUCAAUAUUUUCAGUUCAAUAAUUGAUUAUAUUUACCUAAAACUAUAGCUCAUUAGCAUGGUCAAGAUAAAUCUUGGUCUUCAAACCGCCUUUAAAUUUGGCUUAUUUCAGCUCUUGUUAAUAAAACAUUGCUUACUUCUCAAUAAAAUAGAUGAGUGCAGUGAAGCAUUUGUGAAUGCUCAAUAUUGCUGUUAAUACUUUUACUGUUAGUGUUAUUAUGUUGAUGUUCUUUAACAUUAUAAUUAAUACAAACUAUUUUUAUUGUCUUGAAAACCCUGGUUUCCUCUCUAUUGAGAAUAGUUCAAAAAAGAUAUGCUUCCCACUCUUUUAUGAUUUAAAAUUUGUUUCCUAAAAUCUUGAACUGAUCAGAUCUUUCAAACUUCUUGGGUUUGGGUUCUUCAGCUAUUGCUCUCUUCUAUCACUUUUAAGAGGGCCUCCACAGGCAUCAGAUCAGUCUCUACUCUCAGCCAAUAGUUGACAAUAUUCCCUGUAUUGAUAAUAUCUUAUGAAGAUAGUAAAUGAUGGCCUAAACAUUUAUACUUUUCCCUAACUAUUUUCAUAAACAUUUUUUUUAUUUGGGUUUUUUUUAGUGCCACACUUUCUGUCAACUGGCUAUUAGUUACUGGUAUGUAAUGAUCCAGAGAUUCAAUCUGAUUCUCAAAACUGAUCAUUAUGAUUACCUGAUGUCACACAAUUACCUCUUACCAUUAAUCUAGUUGUUAAGGAUGCAAUGAGAAAAAACUGCCAGGACAGAAAGUAUUGAAGUAAAAUCUAUGUGAAAUUGUUGUAUUCCUUCAUGACAAGCAUAACUUUGAAUUUUUUUUUUUUGAUUUUUUUUAUUAUGGUAUGUUUGAGUGAAAAUGGUGAAGAAUGCUAAAUAAUUUAUUUGAUUGGAGAUUCUGUAAUCAGCGUUGGGGUUGGUAAAGAAAUCAACAAAUAUAUAUAAGUGGCCGACAACUUGUGUUUAUAUUUAAAACAUUGACAUCAUUUAAUACUGAUUCCUUUAGUGGGUCUGUGAAUGUAUGGUAGGCUGAAAGAGGCUUGUAGUAUGGAAACCUUCCUCCUCCAUCAGGCAAUCAAUGUAACACUAUUGACUUUUAAUUAUUAGUGUUUGGUCCUACCAGUGAACACUAGGUUUGUUGAAAUAUAUUAUUGAGAUACUGUGUGGCUGUAGAAGGUAGCUAAGUAGUUAGUGUUUGUGUUGGUAUAUUUGCGCUAAUUACCUACAAUUGCAGAACACCUGCACAUUAGAUGCAAGCUAAAAUAGUGGGGGGGAAAACGAGAGAGAUAAAGGAGAAAGAUAUUAUGUACAACAUGAUUCAGUGACCUUUUUUUUUUUUUUUUUUUUUUUUUUUUUUUGUUAGAUUUGAACCUCUGCAUCUGCCCACCCCAGACUGCUAGCACUCAGAAUCAAACUCAGAUUCACACGGUUAUUUGUUCAUGUCAGUCUAUCAUUAGAUGACUUUCAAAGAAUUGUCUUUUUUGUUUUGGUUCAACCAACACCUGAGGUUGUUUAGUUUGGUAUCACCCUAAAAUUUUAAUCAACCUUCUCUGUUGAAAUUCAUUGUAAUAUGUCCAUUUAAGAAUCGAAUCUUCUUGAGUACAUUUUUGGGGGUAUCAACUUGUAAGUUGAUCAGUUCUUGUGAAUUACUUUUCAUUUAAAUCAGACGCUGUAUGUUAGUAGCUGUAGUUGCUAAAACUUGGCUACUUUUUCAUAUAGCACUUGCUUUCUGUGGAAUGAUUUAAUUUGAGUUUUUUUUGUUGGUUUUUUUUUUAUCCAAUUGUUAUUCUUUGUUAACAGACAACUCUAGCAAUAACAUUAUUGAUAGAUUUAGUUCCUUCGUAUUGGGAAAAUCUCUGAACCACUUUCACUUCAACCAGGUCUCUGAAUUCUGGGGUUUUGCUCUGCCUACAAACCUACCCUGUUAGAAACUACUAUAAUGCUUUUAAACUUGACUGCAUAAUCCUAAAAUUAGUUUUGAAGUUUAUCUCACAAUUAUUCCGGGCUCAAUUUUCAAACCAUUUUGAUGGCUAUGUCUUACAGAAUAAAUUGUUUGUUUUGUUA